CUGUCCAUCAUGAAUGGAUCAUUCAGUUCCCACAAUUUUCUGGAUGUUAGUGACGGUACUGCUGUCAAGUGGGGGAGCCACUCUGAACCUCCCAUGAUGUUCUUAGAAGAACACCCAGCCCAAGGUUUUCACUCACCCCCUGAGAUUCCAUCCCUCUUACAGUCAUUUCUGUCUCUUGUUGAAAUGCCGGCUUUUAGGAUCAAAUGAGGUAAAAAAUAAUUAAACACAAUUUAACAAAAGAAAACAAAUAACAAACCACAGAGACCAGACCAAUACAAAGUAGCACCCGUCCGCCAUGUUCGAAAAAAGAAAAAGAAAAAAAUCACGUCUCUCUUCCCCCCAGACGCUUUUUCUCAAAGCAAUACAUGUCCAGUUCCUUCAGUCUUUCUAUGUCGGUUUUCAGUUCUAACUGCCUUCUUUGGAAUCUGCUUGCAAAGUGUCUGUUCUGUAAUCUGCUCAAGAAUUUUCGCUGAGAUGGAUGUCAGGCUGAAUGGUUUGCAGUUCCCGGGUUCUCCUUUUUAUAGAUAGGGACAUUGUCAGCUCCCCUCCACCUGUCUGGCUCGUCACCCACCUCCCAUGAUGACACGAGAAUAUUUAGACAGUGGUUCUGCAAUUUCUUCAACCUGUUCCUUCAGUAUCCUUAGAUGCACUUCAUCGGGCCCUUGGGAUUUGAACUUCUCCAAACAAGUAAGAUAUUUCUUUUACGUUGCACUCCUCUUUUAUCUCUUUUUUUUCCUCUAUAAGGUGAUGAAGAGGAUGACAGGAAUUCUAUGGAGCCAGUCAUUCUUUCACUGAAAACAAAACCCAAGUGUGGAGCACAAAAAAAUCUACACACUUAGAAGUAGGAAAAGGGGAAGAAGGGAAGCCAGGAAAAAACAGAUAAAGAAAACUCCAGCUUCUCCUGCUAGGGAAUUUGAUACACUUCUGAUGACCUGAAAAAAAUCAAAAGAAAGGACAAAGGUUUCCCUAGGCAAAUAAACAUUCAAGGGUGCCUCAGAUAUCAAAAGACUUGACACAGUCCAUCUAGAGUAGAAACGAAGUCAAUGCAUAGAAAAAGGCAAGAGCAUCACGAUGCACAGUGAUUGUACUUCACGUGACAAACCUCUGAGAGGCGAGAAAUGCCUACAGUGUGGGAAAAGCUUCAGUAAGAGCAGCAACCUCAGAUCCCAUCAAAGAACGCACACAGGGGAGAAACCAUACAAAUGCAUGGAAUGUGGGAAGUGCUUCAGUCAUAUCAGUUCCCUGAAUUCCCAUCUAAGAACGCACACAGGGGAGAAACCAUAUGAAUGCAUGGAAUGUGGAAAGUGCUUUAGUCAGGGCAGUCACCUUAGUUCACAUCUAAGAACUCACAGUGGCGAGAAACCAUAUACAUGCAUGGAAUGUGGAAAGAUGCUUCAGUCACAGCAGUACCCUGAAUAA